GAAUGUCAUAGCUUUGAGUCAGUGUGCCGUGGCUAUCUCUUUGAUUUCCACUCUUGGUUCGUUUUUUUCGCAACACAAUGAAGGUUACUUUCAAAACACUGAUGCAACAGACAUUUGUUCUUGACUUUCAAGAAGAUGAUCUGGUAAUUCACAGGUUGGUAUGAUAUUGUAUGUAGGUUGGCGACGUUAAAAAGAAGAUCGAAGCUAAAUGGGGCAGCGAAUUCGAUGCAAGGACUCAGAAACUAAUACACUCAGGCAAGGUGAUGGAAGAUAGUAAAUCGCUAAAAGAUUACAAAGUGACAGAAUCUGGUUUCGUUGUAGUAAUGUCUGUUUCAAAGCCAUCCAAAGAUACAACGAAAGAAGCUAGUGCUUCAGUUCAAAUCAAUCCUACUGGUGAACCAAAGCCAACAACAGACAAGAAAAGCCCCGUAGCAGAAGUAAGUGAAUCGCCGAGCAGUAAACCAGACGCAAAUUCCCAAUCCAACUUACCUACAGUUACAACAGCCCCAUCUAGCGCAACAAAUACUUUGGGUUUUGGAGAGAGUUCCUUAGUUACUGGAGAGAACUUUGAGCGGGUUGUUAAAGAACUAGUGUCCAUGGGUUUCGAGAGAUCACUGGUUAUCCAAGCGAUGCGAGCAGGCUUCAACAAUCCAGAUAGAGCAUUUGAAUACCUUUCAUCGGGAAACAUUCCCAAUGUUGACAUUGUUGAUCAGCCACCGCAAAGGGAAGAAAGUGAAGGCGUAUCUCCAGAAGGGCCUGGGGAUACUGAUACCCCAGGCUCUGAGUCCCUUGGCUCAGAAGACCCGAUCGCUGCUCUCGCAAGUUUACCCCAGUUUCAACAAAUGAGAGCGCUAGUGCAAGCAAAUCCAGAGCUACUGCCUCAGCUCAUCCAGCAAAUAGGGAAUGAUAAUGCAGCUUUAUUUAGACUCAUUCAAGAAAAUGAACAAGCAUUUCUGGAAUUUAUUAAUACCCCAGUCACUGGUACUACUCGACCUGGUGGUCAGCGUCAAACUGUUCUUACUAUGACUGCUGAGGAACGCGCUGCUGUGGAUCGUCUAAAGGCAUUAGGGUUCCCGGAGGAGUUGGUUAUCCAAGUUUGAAAUUUUCGACGGUUAUCCGUACUUGAUUCCUAUUAUUUCCGUGAUUUCUAUCCCCUAGUGAAAACUAUUCUAGUAGUGUUAAGGCUAUUUGGUGUGUGAAGAACAUAAUCACGGAAUUAAAUUUGCUUUAUGCUAUACGUCACAUCCAGUUUCAGAAGCUGUACCUAGUACUAUUUUGCUAUGGGAGUAGAUCAAAGAAUGUCAGAUUCGACCGAAAACGAAAGACAAGAAGGCAUAUUACGCAUGCGAGAAAAAUGAGGAUGCAGCUGCGAAUUUCCUGCUUAGUGAAAGUUUAGACGAUGAAAUGGUAUGAAGUUUGAUGUAAAUCAUCGUUUAUAAUUGCUAUUACCUUUGUGAUGUUAGUUCUGGUUGGAGCGUCACUAACACACAUUUUUAAAAAAAUCACGUCCUUUUUAUCCUCUGCUUUACAGCCUUAAACUAAUCACUUGUUAUCCACCCAUCCAUUUCCCGUGUUUAUUUUCACCAAUCCACAUUAAUAAAAGAAGUGGUUGAAAAGAAUAUGCUUAUUAAAAAAUUGUACCGAUAAUACUACUCUGUUUAACCAUGUUCAUCAAAGGCUGAAUUUAAAGAACGUUCUGUUUUUUUUUCUGGUGAAGAUCAUUAUUAUGUUUGUCAACGAAGUAUGUGUCUAUGUAAUGUGAACUGUUCUUUACUUUUCUGAUCCGACUGCAUUCAACUGGUGAUUAACUUUGAUCCUUUUUUACACUAGUUAUGUGGGAUAUAAAAUUUCACACUGAAUCAAAAUACCUGGCGUUCUUGAUUCAAGCAAAUUUGUUAGUUUUUGAGUAAAAAUUAGUUGGAAAAAUUAAGGAUAUCAAGAACAUUUAAAAAUACAUAUAUUACG